CAAAAAUAUAUAAAUAUAUUAUUUAGUUGUCCAAUAUUCAAGAAGCCGUCGCUUGUGAGGCACACAAAACGAUUUCCCGCUGGCAAACGCACAAACGAUAUUUUUAACACUUAAGAAAAAAAAACCCGCGAAGCCAUGAUGGCACUACAUACUGUGUAGUUAGCAAAUCAAAACGAACGCGACCACCAACCAAUAGGUAGAGUAUAAUAAUAAUAGGUAAUCAAAGCGCACACUUGUACCACAAAUUUCAUAAUCCAUAACCGCAACGUCUGAUCGUUCCACUGCGACUGAGCUGACAAAUACUAAUGAAAAUCCAUUCAAGCAUAGCAAUAGAGCUGCUGCUAGCAAGAAUACCGUCGCCGACGUCGUUAUUGUCGUUUUCUCAUUGUAGCUAUCGUCAUCAACGUCGUCGCUGAGCCGCGUUGCGUCGCGUCACGCCAGCGGUUAAUAACGUUAUGCGCGUGGAGUGCGCCACACGUUGGCGUUGUUUGCAAUACUCAAUCGGAUCGUGGCAAAUUGAAUUUUGGCCAGUUGAAAGUGAUCGCAGUAAAGGUUUUUUUUUUUUUGUAUAUUUUCAACUAAUUAUUAUAAUUUUCCAAUAUUCUUUUAAUUCGGAGCACGCGCGUGUUAUAACAAGAAAUCUGUAUAACCUCUAACGGUUAAGUAUUUGCACAAAUUCUUAAUUAGUCGAAAUUUGAAUGACUAGUAAGUCGAUACAUUUUUCAACUAGAAAAUAACAAGUUGGUAAAAACCGUAACUAAGACUUCAGUACUCAGCAAAGCGCGCAGUUGGGAACUGAUCUUUAAAGUAGCGCGUUGAGCGUUAGCAACCCACAGCGGAUUAGCGAGCGUUCGCCGUUUAAUCGCGCCUUUAUCUCUGUCAACGUAGCGCGCUCGCAAGGAAACCAUUUCCAAUAGAACUUACCGCUCACAGCUAGAAACGCGUCGCGCUGCAGCGCGCUUGUUGACAAGUUGCAUGGAAUAUGUACAACGGCUGCGGCGAAUAGCGUACAUAAAAAAAUAUGUAUAAAAUCUCGCUUUAUGCGCUCGGAAAAUAGAGAGUAUCUAGCGCGCUGCACCGAAUUCCACUUAGCUUUGGCGAAGUGUGGGCUGUAUGCGAAGUCUUUGGCUCUAGCGCUUACGAAGAGCUAGAAACAUUAUUCGCCCAUACGCCUUAGCAGUUAGCCAGUUAUCGCGAACACUCGUCGUAUGAAGAGUUCACUUGGCGAAUGCCAGCGAUUGACUCACAAUUACUAGCAAGCUAUCAAAUUGGCUACUUGGAGUGGCACAAUCAACACAAGUACACUCAUACAUAUAUACAAUGCAUAGGUAUGAGCGAAGUCACAUUCUAACGGCUAAUAGUUGGAUGCAGCAAGUGCAUUUCACUUCCAGUAGCACACAAAACCAGAAACCGUAAUUUCCAAGCUGGAAAAACAAAAGGAAUUGAAAAACCAAACCAACUUCGGCGCAACGCUGAACUCCAACAACGCGAACGACUAACGCGUUGGCGCGCGCUCCAAUGUAACGUAUUUGUGGAGCCUGUUGUGACGGCUGGAAGCUGGCCAUGACAGCGACAAAACAACUAACAAUCGUGCACUUCCAUUCACCACAAAACCACAUAUUCAUCUAAGAUCUUCACGGAAAACAACACAUCAACGAAAGAAACAGGUCUAUUUGUGAACCGUCGAGCGCCGCUCCACUAUCAGCACCGCGACAAACAACGCGAUUACUUCGAGCCAAUACGAGUCUAUAAACACACGUACGAAUAUGCAUAAGUACAACGACGGUAUUUGCCACGCGUCGCCUAUGCAAAAGCAAAGUAGCACUGACGAUGGACGAUUGGCCGGUUGGUUUCUUGGCUGGCUGGCUGGCCGACUGGUCGAUCGAGCGUCAAACUUAAUUCGAUUUUGAAAGCGUUUUGGAAAAAGAUUACCAGCUUGCUGAACUAUCGCCUCCGAACAUAUUGCGCGCUCGAGAACUAAACGUAGCCGCGCACUUACGCAAUUCGAUUUUGAAUAAAAGCGUAAAACACGUAGACGGCAUUACGCGAAGAGCUCGCAAAUAUUUAAGCUAACACAUUAAUGCCGCCGUCAUUCACAACUCGAUUGUCGCAAGAAGACUGACCGAAGUUGUGAGUUUCGAGCGAGCGUAAGCCUGCAAGCCUCAGAGCAGCGGCCCACUUGACAGCUGAACAGAGUUGGGAAAUGCUGCGCCGCAGCGCUGAGCCCAAGCACGAUAAUGGAACCCAAUACAGCUUAAGCAGGCCGCUGGCAGCAGCAACAGCAACAGCAUUGUCAUCAGCGCCGUCCAGGCCCGGUAGACAAACAAAGAACACGCCACUAGGCAGACGAGCAGACGAGCAGAGAAGCAGGCAAACAGCCUACAAUCCUCCAGCCAGCCAUCAGCCAUCAGCCAUCAGCCGCCACCAUGGGCUAAAGCAAUCAAAUAGGCAUGCUGGCGGGCAGACGACGCGGCCAUAUAGCGAGCAAUUUGGCAUCGCAAACGAUGGCGUGGAGCCGCCGCAAACCAUGAGCAAGCACCAUCCAUGAAGGAGGCUGUCGCGCCAACAAAUAACAUCAGCCCAGCACCGGCACUGAGCACAUCUCAGCGCUAUGCGGCCGCGCAUUCGAUUCGAUGUUUGUUAUUUUCGGUACAAAUGUAGUGUUGUUGGUUGGAGCCUACUACUUUUGGUCUCUCAUAAAUGUUUAUAUGUUUGUAUGAACAUGCAAGUACUGCAUGACUGCAUGCAUAUGGAUCAAUGUACAUAUGUACAUAUAUACUCGUAUGUAUAUACGAAUA